UACUGGGAGUUGCUCAGCAGUGAUUUUUUUGCCUCUGUGAGCCGCUUCACUGUCGUCUUUUCCUGGCACUCUGAAAGCAGUCCUGGGAACCUGAUCCUAUUUUUUUUCCAGAAGCAGUAAUGUAGUCUUUCUGAACAGAAACUUCUGAUCUGCCGGCAGCAACCUCCAGUUUUCCCUGAAGCAACCUUCUUACCUUUAUUUUCCCCCUAACCUCUUCAUCUGAAAUGGCACUAAAAGAAGGCAUAUUGCCCAUCAGUGAGAUGCUGAGUCCUUUCCCAGAGGUGAUGGAGCUGAACGUGGGAGGACAGGUGUACGUAACUAACCAUUCUACCCUCAUCAGCGUCCCCGAAACUACUUUGCACAGCAUGUUCACCAAGAACCAGGUGAAAGAUUUACCGAGGGACAACAGGGGUCGUUUCUUCAUAGACCGAGACGGUUUCCUCUUCAGGUACGUUUUGGAUUUCCUUAGGGACAAGCAGCUGGUCCUUCCAGAUCACUUCCCUGAAAAGGAGAGGCUUUUAAGAGAGGCAGAGUACUUCCAACUUAAUGAUCUUCUUAAACUGCUGACACCCAAGGUUACCAAGCAAAGCUCUAUGAAUGACGAAGGAUGCCAGAGUGAUAUAGAAGAAAAUUCUCAAAGUAGUGACCUGGCCAGGACUGCUGCAUUAGACAAGAGGUCUGGAUUUAUCACCAUAGGCUACCGAGGCUCUUAUACCAUGGUCAGAGACAACCAGGCAGAUGCCAAAUUCCGCCGGGUGGCCAGGAUUAUGGUGUGCGGCAGGAUUGCCCUGGCCAAAGAAGUUUUUGGGGAAACAUUGAAUGAGAGCAGAGACCCUGACCGACCUCCUGAGAAGUAUACCUCACGCUUUUACCUGAAAUUUACCUACUUGGAGCAGGCUUUUGACAGGCUGUCCGACGCCGGGUUUCACAUGGUGGCUUGUAAUUCCACGGGCACUGCUGCCUUCAUUAACCAAUACAGGGAUGACAAAAUCUGGAGCAGCUACACUGAAUACAUCUUUUUCAGGCCAACCCAGAGGACGGUAUCUCCAAAACAAGAAUGUGAAGAGAGGAAACAAGAGAAGCUCCCAGACAAAGGAAGCGAAAGUGGAACUUCUCUAAACGAGCUGUCCACCUCCAGCUCUGAGACCCAUUCAGAAAUUACCAGUCCACAAGACAACAUCUCCUGUGCUCCACAGGCUUCCUCACAACAGCCAAGCACACUCACCUUGGAUCGGCCUUCUAAAAAAGUCUCUGUGCAGUGGAUGCCACAACCAGACAAACGCAGGAACAGUGAGCUCUUUCAGACUCUGAUGAGUGCCCCUCGAGAGACAAACCUAAACAAAAAGAAAGCUUCUGAAAAGUUAAGUGUGGAAGAAGAAAUGAAAAAGUGCAUACAGGAUUUUAAACAAAUUAAAAUACCUGCUGAUUUUCCAGAACGCAAACGUCAGUGGCAAUCUGAACUGUUACAAAAGUAUGAGCUAUAGGGUUUUGUUUCACCCCUAAACCGUGUUACUGUACAAAUGAGACUGGCUGUUAACCAGUCUUUCAACAUCCAGCUAACACUGUCAUAUCCACUUGGCAUUGGUUUGAUCAAAAUACUGUAUGCUUACAAAAUGAAUUUAGACUCAGAAAGGAGGGGGACUUCUGAAACUAAAUAGCUUACAGGGAAACUUGUGUGGUAUUUAAAGUGAAUAAUGUAUGAUUAAGCUAGUGUGUUUAAAGCUAUUGGUUUUUAGUUGCUAUGUGCGCCAUUGAAUAUCACAAGAAGCUUCAUUAAGGUAGGCUCCAAAUGUUUCAAAUAGACUGCUAUAAUAAAUCAAGUUAAUUAAUCACUGUGUGCUUGCAUGAAUGGACAGGUGAUCAUGGAAUAGAUCCAGAUUCCUAAAUAUAUGUGUUUAUCUACACAUCAGAUGUGAAACUUAAAUAUAAAUGGAGGUUGUCCUUGAUUAUUCAAAUGUCAUACUGCAUUUAGACUGUAUUGUUAGUUUAUGGUCAGUAUGUUAAUUGCUAAAGUAUGUUUUCAAUUUCUUUAAUUUAUUUUUUGUGCUGUGCUUUACAUGUAAGGACAAUGUAAAAAAACCAACAACUUUAUGACAUAUUGCUUUGGAAGUGUUUACGUAACUGUUAAACCAUGAAAGUAGUAUUAUAAAGUACUACUUUGUGUCUAGGUGUUUACUAUUGGCAUAUUUUAUAACUAACCAAAUGUAAUACUAAUAGGAUAAAAGUCCUGGGCUAUUGAAAAUUGUUUUCUAAGUUGUCUUAUUAAUGUAAAUGUGUCAUACAUAAAAACAAAAUGUAUGAAUGAUAAACAAGUAUGUUUAAGAAAAAACUGUAUUCUGAAUUGUGAUUGGCAAUUGUUUGCUUAUGAACCCUUUAAUAUGUGUCACUUUUUCUUUAUGACGAGUAAAUGUGAUGUUAAAGAGCAGUUUGACUACUCAGUCGCCUGACCAAUCACUGCUUGGCAAUCCUCACUAUAUUUUAACCAAGAUAUCAGGAAUCCCAAUACCAUUAUAUUAAAGGUUUUAAAAAUAUUUUUCUUACCUCUUGCUCGAGCAACGAAGUCAGCACUCGGAUAAACGAUACCCAGAUACACGUCAGUCGUGUUUUACCGUCUGUGUAUUAAGAAUAAAAUCAA